GACACGACUGACGACCUGUCAUUACUUGUCAAUAAAUACUAAAAGGUUAUAUUUUCAUUAAUCUCUCUACGGUUUGGGAGAGUUUUAAUAUUUUACUGAAUAUGCUCUAAAUCUGUGAUAAGUAGUUAAAAGUAUAUGUAGUGGUUAUGUUAUUCCGAUUUUAUCACUUAACCACCCGUUUUUAUUCUUCCGUUAUAUCAAAAUCAAAAUUCAACAACAUGAACAAGUGCUAUUUUAGAUACAUCAAACAGGAAGAUAAGGUCGAUAUUUCCUUCUUAUUAGACAUUAAAGGUUCCGUUAGGCAAUUUAACUUUAGUAGAAAGCCUACAGAAAGUUUGCAAGUUUUACUAACCCGCAUAAAAACUAACAUCCAAAAAGCUAUGAGCAAAGGAAAUAAAAAGAAAAAGUCGGCAAGUGAGGAGAAUGAAGAUAUUAAUAUUGAAUUCUAUGAUUCUAAUAAUGGUAUUAUUAAUGAAAACAGCACUUGUAAUGAGUUAUUUUCGAUAACUGGGCCAGUCACAUUAAAAAUGUGUGAUAACCUCUAUGAGGUUAUAUUCAAUUCACCAUGGGUUGUAAGUAUGAACUUACCUCAAAGCAUUUUAGCUGGCUUUCCAGUAUAUCCUGAAAAUUUAGAACUACAAUAUGCUGUACAUGAAAAAUGUAAAUUUACCUGGUACAAAGGUUCAGUACUAAAUGAUUUUGGAAAUGAAUUUAACGAUAGACACAUCAAAUGGGGUUUGGCUGGCAACACCUUUAUAUAUACACCACCUGCACAAGAUAUUGGCUUGAAAUUGAAAUUAGAAUGUCUACCAGGAAAUGGUACAACAUUUGGUCCUGCAGUUGAGGCAAUAUCUAAGAAUGUGAUUGAAGCUGGUCCUGGAAACUGUCCAUUUGAAACAAGACAUCAAUUCACAAGAGAUAAAUUAAAAAAUAAAAGCUUUAGAUGUGUUACAUACAACAUAUUGGCCAAUUUGUACUGUGAUUCUGAUUACACCAGAACAGUGCUACACCCCUACUGCCCUCCUUAUGCUUUACACAUUGAUUACAGAAAACAACUUAUAUUAAAAGAAUUACUAGGAUAUAACAGCGACAUUAUAUGUCUCCAAGAAGUGGAUUGUAGGUUAUUCAACCACUUUUUGCAGCCAAUUUUGGCAUCUGAAGGUCUCAGCAGUUCAUUUUACAAGAAAGGAAAAGAAGUUGCUGAAGGUCUAGCUUGUUUCUACAGGAAAGACAGAUUUAAAUGCGCUGGGGAAGAAAAAAUUGUCCUUUCCGAAGCUGUACAAACUGAAUCAUGCCUCCAACCUAUUUGGGAAAAAAUUAAGAACAAUACACCCCUUAUUACGAGACUGUUAGAUAGAUCAACUGUAGCUAGUGCUACAUAUCUAGAGUCCAUUGACAACGUAAAUGAGGUUUUAAUAGUAGGAAACACACAUUUGUAUUUUCAUCCUGAUGCAGACCACAUAAGGCUUAUUCAAGGAGGUAUAGUGAUCUAUUGGUUGAUGGAUAUUCGAAAAAAACUUGCUUCAAAGUAUCCAAAGAAAAGGAUAAGCGUCAUAUUAUGUGGUGACUUUAACAGUGUUCCUUCUUGUGGCAUCUAUCAACUAUAUACAACUGGUAAAUCACCAAGCGAUUUGCCUGACUGGAAAUCCAAUAUAAACGAAGCUGUGUUUGAUCUGAGUUUGCAACAAAACAUUUCACUGGGCAGUGCAUGUGGAACACCUCCUUACACAAACUUCACUGCCGAAUUUGCAGAUUGCUUAGAUUACAUAUACUAUGACAAGUCUAACUUAGAAGUUGAGCAGGUUGUCCCACUUCCAAGUGUCGAAGAAUUAAAAUUACAUACAGCUUUGCCGAGUGUUGUAUUUCCCUCAGACCAUGUAGCCUUGGUCUCAGAUUUACGAUAUAAGUAGCAAUUUAUUGUAUAAAAAAACAACAAUAGUUUUAAUACUUUUACUUAUUGUUAGAGAGCUUUCUUCAUAUUUUGUUAUUAUAGUACACUUACAAUAUUUAAUAUAAUUUAAAAUGUUACAUAAAACAUUGUUUAUA